UUCGCGGCCCGUGGCGGCGGUGGCGACAGCGGCGACCUGGGCAGCGCGCUGGAGGGACGCGGGGAGAGUGCAGCGUCCUCUAGCUCGAGCGCGAGGGACCCUGCGAGGAUGCCUGGGGAGCAGAUGGACCCUCCUGGAAGUCAGUUGGAUUCAGAUUUCUCUCAGCAAGACACCCCUUGCCUGAUAAUUGAAGAUUCCCAGCCCGAAAGCCAAGCUCUCGAAGAUGAUUCCAGUUCUCACUUCAGUAUGCUCUCUCGACACCUUCCCAAUCUACAGACACACAAAGAGAAUCCUGGGUUGGAUGUUGCGUCCACUCCUGAGCAAACAGCUGGAGAAGAACAAGGAGACAGUAAUAGUGGGUUCAAUGAACACCUGAAAGAAAACAAAGCUGCAGACCCUAUGGAUUCUUCUCAUUUGGACACAUGUGGCUCCAUGAGUCAGGUCAUUGAACAGUUACCUCGGCCAAACAGGACAAGCAGUGUUCUGGGAAUGUCAGUGCAACCUGUUCCUUCUGCUCGGGAAGAGAAGGAAGAAGAGAUAGAAGAAAGAGAGGAAAAGGAAGAAGAUAUUCCAGAUGAUACCACACAUUCCCUUGGUGCUGAAGAUCCUGCCUCAUCACAGUUGGGCUUUGGAGUUCUGGAGCUUUCCCAGAGCCAGGAUAUUGAAGAACAUGCUGUGCCAUAUGAAGUGAACAAAGAGCGUCUACAGUCAGUAACCACAAACUCUGGUUAUACCAGACUAUCUGAUGUGGAUGCUAAUAUUGCAAUUAAACACGAACAGUCCAAUGAAGCUAUCCCAGUGGCAGAACCACCCAACAAAGAUGUCCCUGUGGCAGCACAACCCAGUAAGGAUGUAAAUACAGUAGAGGAGAAAAGCCCCCUGCCUGCACGAUCAGAGGACCUGCCUUCUAGUCCCAAAGUAUCUCUUGCUGCUGUGGAAACAAAAGAACAAAUACCUGCUCGAGAACUUGUGGAAAGUGGAAUGGAGAUUCAGAAGUCACCAGAGCCUGAGGUUUUAUCAACUCAGGAAGAUUUGUUUGACGAGAGCAAUAAAACAGCUUCUGACGGUUAUUCUACUCCUUUGAGGGAAGAAGGUGUGUGUUCUCUGGCUUCUACACCGGCUACCACUCUGCACCUCCUGCAGCUCUCUGGUCAGCGGUCGCUUGUUCAAGAGAGUCUUUCCACGAAUUCCUCAGAUCUUGUCGCUCCUUCCCCGGAUGGUUUGCGAUCUACCCCUUUUAUUGUUCCUAGCAGUCCCACAGAAGAAGGAAGAAAAGAUGAGCCAAUGGAUAUGUCAGUGUUAUCUGAAGGAAGGGGAGAGUCUUUUCAGAAGAAACUCCAACCAAUAGAGGUAGAAAAUCCUCCUCUUCCCUCUGAGCCCACUAUAUCACCACAAGCCUCAACACCAGUAUCUCAGAGCACACCAGUCUUCACUCCUGGGUCACUUUCUGUCCCAUCCCAGCCUGAAUUUUCUCAUGACAUUUUCAUUCCAUCACCCAGCUUAGAAGAACGCUCAAAUGAUGGGAAAAAAAGUGGAGACUUGCAUAGUUCAUCUCUGACUGUUGAGUGUUCAAAAAUUUCAGAGACUGAACCAAAGAAUUCUGAGGAUCUUGGGCUGUCUUUGACAGGGGAUUCUUGUAAGUUGAUGCUUUCUGUAAGUGAGUAUAGUCAGUCCCCAAAGAUAGAGAAUUUGAGUUCUCAGAGGAUUGAUGAAGAUGGAGAAAACACACAGAUUGAAGAUACUGAACCCAUGUCUCCUGUUCUCAAUUCUAAACUUGUUCCUGAAAAUAACAUCCUAAUGAAUCCAGCACAAGAUGGCCAAGUAGAACUGAGUCAUAAUGAUGAGAAAACAAAGGGAGAUGACACAGAAACCAGAGAUGACAGUAGUAUUUUAGCUGCUGGUUGCAAAGACAGAGAAGAGACUGUGGUAGAAGAUGUUUGUAUUGAUCUCACCUGUGAUUCAGGGAGUCAGGCAGUUCCUUCUCCAGCUACUAGGUCUGAAGCACUCUCUAGUAUGUUAGAUCAGGAGGAAGCUAUGGAAAUUAAGGAACAUCAUCCAGAAGAGGGGUCUACAGGGUCUGAUGUGGAAGAAAUCCCUGAGACUCCUUGUGAAAGUCAAGGAGAGGAAUCCAAAGAAGAAAAUAUGGAGAGUGUCCCGUUGCACCUUUCUCUGACUGAAACGCAAUCCCAAGGAUUGUGUCUUUCGAAGGAAAUCCCAAAACAAGAAUGCCAGGAGGCAAUGGAAGUUGAAACCAGUGUGAUUAGUAUUGAUUCCCCCCAAAAACUUCCAGUACUCGACCAAGAAUUAGAACAUAAAGAUCAGGAAGCUUGGGAAGAAGCUACUUCCGAGGACUCUAGUGUUGUCAUCGUAGAUGUGAAGGAACCAUCUCCCAGAGUUGAUGUUUCUUCUGAACCUUUGGAGGGAGUGGAGAAAUGCUCGGAUUCCCAGUUGUGGGAGGAUGAUGCUCCAGAAAUAGAACCAUGUGCUGAGAAUAGAGCAGAUACCCGGGAAGAAAAGAGUGCAGAAUAUGAAGGAGACCUGAAAUCAGUGACUGCAGAGAAGGAACCAGUAGAGGCAGGCUCUCCACAGCCUCCCUUGACUUUAGUGAGAACAGAUGAUGCUUUGAGAUCCAAUCAGGAAAUGCAGCAGACCCACCCUCAAGAGAAAACAGCUAAUUCACUAACAGAGGACUCAAAAAUGGAUAAUGCAAAUCAGCUGGGCUCAGGUGGCGAGGCCCAGCAACUGGAGAAGGUUUCUGCACAGGCCUCACAAAGCUUCUGUGAAAGCUCUAGUGAAGCUCCAUUUCAUUUCACUUUGCCUAAAGAAGGUGAUGUUAUUCCACCAUUGACAGGUGCAACUCCACCUCUUAUGGGGCACCUAAAAUUGGAGCCCAAAAGACACAGUACUCCAAUUGGUACUAGCAAUUAUCCAGAAAGCACCAUAGCAGCCAGUGAUGUUAUGUCUGAAAGCAUGGUGGAGACCAAUGAUCCCGUAAUUGAGAAUGAAAAAGGAGAUUCUGGGGCUACUCCAGAAACAGAUGAUAAAUUGUGUCUAAGAAUGAAACUGGUUAGUCCUGAGACCGAGACAAGUGAAGAGUCUUUGCAAUUUAGCCUGGAAAAGCCUACAAUUGGUGAAAGAAAAAAUGGAUCUACUGCUGUUGCUGAGGCUGUUGCCAGUCCUCCGAAGACCUUGUCUGUGUUUAGCUGUGUCUGUGAAACCCAGCGAGAGGAGGAGGCUCAAAGUCAGGAUCCCCCCUCUGCACCCAUCAGGGGGAACUUGCUCCAUUUUCCAAGUACUAGAGAAGAGGAGAAGGAAACCUUGGAAGGUGACCAAAGGACCAGACAAAGUCAGCAGUCUGUGAAGCCCAGUAGUCCUGUCAAGGACCCUGCCUUUCCUACCUCCCAGCACAUAGCCACAGAGGGACCAUCCAGUCCUCAAGGGGAAGUAAUGGAGACAGAUGUGCUAAAAGGCCAGAAAAAAGGACGGAAUACCAAUGGGGAAAAACCUAGUAAGGCCUUGAUUGAAAGGCCCAGCCAGAAUAACAUUGGAAUUCAGACCAUAGAGCAUUCCCUGUGGGUCCCAGAAACUGUUUCAGCAGCAACCCAGACUGUAAAGAAUGUGUGUGAACAGGGGACCAGCACAGUGGACCAGAACUCUGGAAAACAAGAUGCCAUAGUUCAGACUGAGAGGGGAAGUGGUGAGAAACCAGUCAGUGCUCCUGGGGAUGAUACAGAGUCGCUCCAUAGCCAGGGAGAGGAAGAGUUUGAGAUGCCUCAGCCGCCACACGGCCAUGUCUUGCAUCGCCACAUGAGAACAAUCCGUGAGGUUCGCACCCUUGUCACUCGUGUCAUUACAGAUGUGUAUUAUGUGGAUGGAACAGAAGUAGAAAGAAAAGUAACUGAGGAGACUGAAGAGCCAAUUGUAGAGUGUCAGGAGUGUGAAACUGAAGUUUCCCCUUCACAGACUGGGGGCUCCUCAGGUGACCUGGGGGAUAUCAGCUCCUUCUCCUCCAAGGCAUCCAGCUUACACCGCACGUCAAGUGGGACGAGUCCGUCAACCAUGCACAGCAGUGGCAGCUCAGGGAGAGGAGCCGGACCAGUCAAAGGGAAAACCAGCGGGACAGAACCCGCAGAUUUUGCCUUGCCCAGCUCCCGAGGAGGCCCAGGAAAACUGAGUCCUAGAAAAGGGGUCAGUCAGACAGGGGCGCCAGUGUGUGAGGAGGAUGGUGAUGCAGGCCUUGGCAUCAGACAGGGAGGGAAGGCUCCAGUCACGCCUCGUGGGCGCGGGCGAAGGGGCCGCCCACCUUCUCGGACCACUGGAACCAGAGAGACAACUGUGCCCGGCCCCUUGGGCGUGGAGGACAUCUCAUCCAGUAUGUCGCCAGACGAUAAAUCCUUCACCCGUAUCACGCCCCGAGUGCCCGACUCCACCAAACGAGCAGACAUGAGCUCUAGUGUUGUGCGUCGAAGCGACUCUCCAGAGAUUCCCUUUCAGGCUGCUGCGGGCCCUUCCGAUGGCUUAGAUGCCUCCUCGCCAGGGAACAGCUUCGUGGGGCUCCGUGUUGUAGCCAAGUGGUCCUCCAAUGGCUAUUUUUACUCUGGGAAAAUCACACGAGAUGUCGGCGCCGGGAAGUACAAGUUGCUCUUUGAUGACGGGUAUGAGUGUGACGUGUUGGGCAAAGACAUUCUGCUGUGUGACCCCAUCCCGCUGGAUACGGAAGUGACGGCGCUCUCGGAGGACGAGUAUUUCAGCGCAGGUGUGGUAAAAGGGCACAGGAAGGAGUCUGGAGAGCUGUACUAUAGCAUUGAAAAAGAAGGUCAGAGGAAGUGGUAUAAGCGAAUGGCGGUCAUCCUGUCCUUGGAGCAAGGAAACAGACUGAGGGAGCAGUAUGGCCUGGGCCCGUAUGAGGCAGUAACGCCCCUCACCAAGGCCGCAGAUAUCAGCUUAGACAAUUUGGUGGAAGGGAAGCGGAAACGACGUAGUAACAUCAGCUCUCCAGCCACCCCGACUGCCUCCAGCAGCAGCAGCAGCACAACGCCUACCCGCAAGGUCACCGAAAGCCCUCGUGCCUCCGUGGGAGCUCCCUCAGGUAAAAGAAAACUCAUCGUAUCUGAAGAGGAACGGUCCCCUGCCAAGCGAGGCCGGAAGUCUGCUACUGUGAAACCCGGUGCGGUGGGAGUGGGAGAGUUUGUGAGCCCUUGUGAGAGUGGAGACAACAUGGGUGAACUUGCCACCCUGGAAGAGCAGAGAGGGCCUUUGCCCCUCAACAAGACCUUAUUUCUGGGCUAUGCUUUUCUACUCACCAUGGCCACGACCAGUGACAAGCUGACCAGCCGUUCAAAACUCCUAGAUGGUCCUGCAGGAAGCAGUGAAGAGGAGGAGGAAAUUUUAGAAAUUCCUCCUUUCAACAAACAGUACACAGAAUCCCAGCUUCGAGCAGGAGCUGGCUAUAUUCUCGAAGACUUCAAUGAAGCUCAGUGCAACACGGCCUACCAGUGUCUCCUAAUUGCGGAUCAGCAUUGUCGAACCCGGAAGUACUUUUUGUGCCUUGCCAGUGGGAUUCCUUGUGUAUCUCAUGUCUGGGUCCAUGACAGUUGCCAUGCCAACCAGCUUCAGAAUUACCGUAAUUAUCUGCUGCCAGCUGGGUACAGUCUUGAGGAGCAAAGAAUUCUGGAUUGGCAACCCCGGGAAAACCCUUUCCAGAACCUGAAAGUACUCUUGGUAUCAGACCAACAGCAGAACUUCCUGGAGCUCUGGUCUGAGAUCCUCAUGACUGGGGGAGCAGCCUCUGUGAAGCAGCACCAUUCAAGUGCCCAUAACAAAGAUAUUGCGUUAGGGGUAUUUGAUGUGGUGGUGACGGACCCCUCGUGCCCAGCCUCGGUGCUGAAGUGUGCGGAAGCAUUGCAGCUGCCCGUGGUGUCACAAGAGUGGGUGAUCCAGUGCCUCAUUGUUGGGGAGAGAAUUGGAUUCAAGCAGCAUCCAAAAUAUAAACAUGAUUAUGUUUCUCACUAAGGAUAUACUUGGUCUUACCUGUUUUAUUCCCUGCGUCGUGGAGAUUGUGUUUUAACAGGUUUUAAAUGUGUCUUGUGUGUAACUGGAUUCCUUGCAUGGAUCUUGUACAUAGUUUUAUUUGCUGGACUUUUAUGAUAAAAUAAAUGUUGAAUCUCUUUGGUUGUAGUAACUGGGAUUUCUUUCUUUGAGUUUAAUGUCAGAACAAAUAGCAAGACAAUUACAGCCCUCCUCUGCCAUUGACAAUAGGUUUGUUCACUGUAGGACACUAGCCAAGGAAAGUAAGAUGUGAAUUUUCAAGUCUUGUGUAGCAUUAUUGUCAGAAGAUUAUCUAGGGCUGUCUAAAAUUCUACUUGUAAAACUUGGUUUUACGGUAGGCCCACAUUAAUGGUUGUGCCGAAAGUUGAACGGAAUUGGGAACAGCUCUAAAUUUCUUGGCGAUUAAGGAAAAAAAGUCUUAGAGCCUAGUUCCUUUCAGACCUGAAAGGGAAAAGGACCAUUUGCCAUGAAUGGACAGUGACUAAGCUUGACGGGGUGACCUUCUGCAAAGAAAAACAUGAGCAGCACAGGUGGGAAGACUUGUCAGUACUUCUAGCCUCAGGUCCUAUAUUUUAUUACUGUUACAGUCACAGUUGCCAGAGGCUAUUCUCCUUCCCUGUCCCCCUAGCAGCAUCCCUGUUGAUGUUCCCUCGUUCUCCAGAGCAGAGGCCAGUAAGUAUCUUAGGCCUGUGGGCCAUUUGGUAGAUCAAUUAACUCACUUUGGCUCCGCUAAGCAUGGAAGCGCCCAUGGGCAAUAAGGAGAUGGAUGAGUAUGAUUGUUCCAGUAAAACUAUCAAAACAGGUGGCGACCCACAGUUUACUAACCUCUGCUCCAGAGAGAGGAGUGGAAGGGAACAUCUUUUGCUGACAACUGCAGGAGUAAGGGCUGUAGUAUGCGGUAGAAGAUGAAAACCAAACUCGAUGGCAACAAACAGACCACCAGAACUGUUGUUUUACUAGUCUGAGAUAAUUGCAAGUUACUGGUAAAAAUCUAGUUUCUAUUUUGAAGAUGCUAAACGAUGUGGAAUAUUCUCGAUUUCAAUUUUCUGAAUGAGGAGUCUGUGGGGCCAGUGAAAGCCUAUCUUACCUGGUGCCUUUCUUGCUCAGUACUAAUAUCUAGCACUUGACCUAUUUAUAAUUGUCACAUGAGCCACAAAUAUUUUUCUGAUUUGUAUUGUUUACUGCCUUGUCUCCUGCAGCUUGAACAGUACCUAAGCACAUAAUAGAUGCUCAGUAAUUGACAGAUGAAUGAAUGAACAUACCCGACAAAUGUUCUCAAUGUAACGGAUCUUGCAUGGUCAGCGGGGAGAACUGAUGCCAACAUUCUCGGUGGGCAAAUUAACUCCCUUUCCACAUGAAAAUGAUGGGAAGGAUUUGCACCCACUGAUGGUCAGGAAAUGCUUCCAAGGAGAAAAAGUAGAGUCCUCUCAGUAGACUGCAGACAUUUGGUGAGUGGCUAGAAAUGAAUCUUCUGUAACAGACUUAGGAAGGUGUAAGACUGUUACUCAGUUUCUGAGCCAUAUGUUUUCACAUCCCAAAACUAGAAAAAAGGGGGAAAAAAGCUUUAUCAAAUAUCUUGCUUUCUCAAGAACUGUCUUCAAAGAAAUGUGAUGAGGGCAACUCUGAUCUAGAUAAUGACAUUUUAAAACUCAAAAUUUCGCCUUUUCGGCUAAAAUCACUUAGGGGGAAAAAGAUGGGAUAUUUUAGAGGGAAGGUGGAUACUAAAGUGCUUUUUUUUAAAUGGGACAGACCUCAGAAGCUGUCACUGAACCUCACUAUUAAAUGAAAAAUGGUUUAGCUUUAGAAAUGGGGGGGGGGUGUCUCUCUCCUUUCACAGCUGUGGAAGUGUGGAAGCUGGGGCCCGCCACCUCAGGCUGCACAGCCAAUUCCACCCAGUGUAGUACCUCACCAGGAACUUAACUAUCUCCGUGUUGGUGCUAGGACUGUGCUAUCAUGGUGACUUAUGCUGGAAAGAAAUCUUCAUUAACAUUUAAUGAUAAUUAGGUACACAGUUCUUUAUCUCUGAGUCUAGUUUCUGAAGUGAGAAUAUUUACAUAAAGGCAGACUAUUUAAACUAGAUAAUGGUUAGUUUCCUUCCUGCUCUGGAAUUAUGUAGCUCAUUGAAAAGCCACACACACAAAGUCUACUGGGUUCCCCAAGUUUCUCCUACCUGCCCAGAGUUCCUCCAGCCUGGGUGUAAUAUUUGUUAUAAUCCAGUCGUAACAGUAGUUGAGCCAAAUCUGAAUUUAUCUGAUGGUUCCGAACACUGGAGAGAAUCUUGAAGAGGAGUGAAGACUGGCGGCUAAAGCCCUAUAGAGAGAAGGACUCAAGCUGUCAAAGGCACCGUCAGCUCUUAAGAUGACCGACUGCUUAGUACCCACAGCACAUGACUUCCUGUGCCAGGAGCACAAUUUGUAUGUUCUCCUUCAAAAUUAACGUAUCAGAAUUGAGGAAAGCCCGUGUUUGGUACCAAAAGCAGGCAGGUCAUUACACUCUAAAAUAUGGAGUUAGCGCAAGGAAGUAAAGAGGUUGAAUAAGAAAGGGCAAACAAAGCCAGUCUGUACUUGGUGGGCCAAGUAAACAGGGCUGGACUAUGUUUCAACACUCAGGCAGCACAGAAUUAUGUUUCUGAAUCAACUGACCCCAACGUUUUUAUCUUUGCAUCUUUUUCUGCUUAAACGUAUUGGGGAAAUGCUCUGUUGAUUCAGAGAUCACCCCUCUCCGUUGGUAAAACCACCACUGUCCUUUGGUCGGGGCUGACUCACCUUCACCAGGAUGCUCAGCUGGGCGGCUCCACGCUCAUCCAGUGGGCCCAGGUUCUGACUGACCAGGGAGCAAAAGCUGUGACAGAGAUCUAGGAUUUCAUUCAGGCAGUGAAACACCUGUCCAGAAAACAGUGGUCAUUAGGAAAAGAAGGAAGAUACGUCUGUAAAGUUAAAGAUCGGGAAAGUUAUCCCGCAGUUGGCUUAGUCCCAUUCUCCCACAGCUGACCUCAGGAGAGGCAAUGCCAGAUGCAAGUCCUGCCAGCCCCCCUCAAAAUGCUACAAACUUUUCUGAUGAAGAGGCUGGCGUUCCCUUAGUCACCCCUGGACAAAGCCUCCACUCUCUAAGCACAUUCAUCAUUUCUGGGACCCGCAGUGUCCUCCCGCCCCAAGCUGUUUCCAAGGUUCCCUGUGCCCAGGACGCUCAGUACCAGUUUCGGCCCCGUGCUCUCAGUGGGGCAUCAGCGCCACGUAGUCUUAGUGACCCUGCUUCUCUCUCCGCAUACCUGUGCUGUUCACGUGGCCAUUUGUUCAGGCCUCCUGUGUUGUUACUGAUCUGUGUUGCGUAUGUAUGUCUUGUUUCUCCAACUAGAUUGUGAGCUCCUUAAGGGCAGAGCCAUGACUUAUACCUCGUUGUAUCCCCAGUGCCUUGCAUAUAGUAAGCACUCAAUAAAUAUUUAAUGAUGACCACCUGAUGUGAUACUUGGCUUUUCUCCCAGGAUGCACUCAUGCCAUACAAGGACGGGGUUCUGUCACAGUAGCUCU